CUGCCCCCAAAAACAGGCGGUUAACGCCGACAAUGGCGGCCACGCCACCCCCUCCGUCUUUGUCGGUACCUUCGAACAAAUCCCUCAAAAUCAGACCCUCUCACUCUCUGCUUCUUCAAUCGAAGAAGAAGAAUAAUAACAGCUUGCGUUUCGAUUUGAGUUUGAGGUGCGAGAUCAAAAGCUUCGAGAGCCAUCGUAGCUGGACAAUUGAUAUGAACAAAGAUUCCAUUCAUAACAACUCUUCUUCUUCUUCUUCGUUGGUGUCGGUUUCUGCUGCUAAUUCUGCUUCAGAAUUCCCCACCAAGAAUGCGAAGAAAGUGGUCCUCUUUUUCUGUGCUGAGACCAAGGCCCUCGCUGAGAAGAUCUCCGCCGAGUCUGACGCCAUUGAACUUCGUACCAUAUCAUGGGGCAAGUUUCCUGAUAGCUUCCCCAACAUUUUCAUUCCUAAUGCUCAAGGCAUUCGUGGACAGCAUGUAGCUUUUCUGGCCUCAUUCAGUUCUCCAGCAGUAAUUUUUGAGCAGAUCUCUGUCAUUUAUGCAUUGCCAAAACUGUUUGUUGCGUCAUUUACGCUUGUCCUUCCCUUUUUCCCAACGGGCACUUCAGAACGUAUGGAGGAUGAAGGAGAUAUUGCCACAGCUUUUACUUUGGCCAGGCUUUUGUCAAACAUACCGAUUUCUGGGGGAGGACCUACUAGUUUGGUGACGUUUGACAUUCAUGCAUUGCAGGAGAGAUUCUACUUUGGUGAUAACAUUUUACCAUGCUUUGAGAGUGGCAUACCAUUGCUUAAAAGAAGGCUCCAGGAUCUCCCUGAUUCUGAUAGAAUAUCAAUUGCUUUUCCUGAUGAUGGUGCUUGGAAACGAUUUCAUAAGCAACUGCAGCAUUUUCCAAUGAUAGUUUGUGCAAAAGUCCGGGAAGGAGAUCAACGGAUAGUUCGUAUUAAGGAGGGAGACCCUAAGGGUCGGCAUGUUGUGAUUGUCGAUGAUUUGGUUCAGUCAGGUGGUACUCUGAUUGAAUGCCAGAAAGUAUUGGCAGCUCAUGGAGCAACAGAGAUCAGUGCUUACGUGACUCAUGGCAUUUUUCCAAAUAAAUCAUGGGAACGCUUUGGACAUGAUAAUGGGGGGCAUCCAGAGACUGCAUUCACAUACUUCUGGAUCACAGAUUCAUGUCCCUUAACAGUGAGGCAUGUGAUGAAUAAGCCACCAUUUGAGGUUCUCAGCCUUGCAAGCUCCAUAUCAACCACUCUCCAAAUCUGACGGAAACGUAAUGUUAUUUUCAUCUCAUCCUCAAAAGAAAAUGGACAAAAGAAGAAAUCCGGCUAAUAGUGAUAUUCAAAGUUGAGCUCUUUCGGUAUGAGGCUUAUAUCAUCACAUACUUACAAGGGAGUAAAAGACCACAAAAAUUGGUAUAUUAAUACUGUCUCCCCUCCCCUAGUU